CUUUAAAAAUUCUCAAAGCCCUCUACAGAAAUGGAGAAAAGGUCAACACAUGCAUCAAUGGUCUUGUAAUUCCUGGCAUUUGGACUUUUGUGUCACUCUCCUUCAAAGCAAGUGUGGAGUUGUGAGCUGCAGGUGAUCUAAACCACUAAGCAACAGCCUUUGGUUCAGUCAGGGUGGCGUUCCUCUGAGGUUGGAGCGGGUGUGAGUAGAGGAUGCUGCCAGAUGGCGAGUUAAUUUGUGUGGCUUUCCUGACGGACACGGAGCGGGAGCUGAUCCUGGAGGUGCUCCGCCGGGAUGAAGAACUGAGACAAGCAGAAGAGCAGCGUGUACGCAGACUUAAGUCGGAGCUGCUGGCCGUCAAGAAGAGGGGAGCCAAACACGGCAGCAGAUACGACCACAAACGCAGCUGUGCGCGCUGCCAGGAGCCGCUGAGCCCCCUGGGUGCUGGUUAUUGCCAUGGCUGCAACCACCAAGUCUGCUCCAACUGCAGGGUCGUCCGUCCAGAUGGAUUCUGGGUGUGCAACGUCUGUGCCAAGGAAGCGGAUUUGAAGAAGAGCACAGGCAACUGGUUCUAUGACCAGAGGGUCAAUCGUUUCUCGAGGUCUCCAGGACAUAGCAUGGUGCAAGCAUCACUGAGGAAGAGACCUCCUUUGAAGAUGCGAGAGACUGUUGGAAAGGUGCUCCUCCAGAGCUCAGAGAUGAAUACAGCUGAACCUGUGCCUCAGGACAGACCGACCGAUCAGCUGAACUUCGAGGGAACCGUGGCAUCAGAACCUUCAAAGACCUCCAACCCCUUUGAGGUGGGGGCUGAGCAGCACAGUGACGUUCAGUUGUCAGAGUCAUCCAUUGCAUUGUGGAAGGAGAGUCUGGAUGCAGGGCAUACUGGCCGGUCACGUUGUCCUGGUUUCCAAGAGUCCAAUCAAACUGUUCCUGCCAAAGAGGGACAUGCCUACAACUCCACCUCUGAUCAGACUUCAACAUUGGACAGAGUGAAUCCUUGUAGAGGGAACAUCUUUUUUGAGGAUGAAGGCCUUUUUAAGAUUAGCACCAAAAGAGCACGGAAGCAUGCAGAAUACAGUAAACCCACCUCAAUGUUGGACCUGCAUGAAGAAAGCACUGAGGUCCUAGGAAGGUCCAUGGGGAACCGCAGCAAGUCCGUACCUGGCCUCAGUGUGCAGGAAAAAGAGGAAGAGGACAUUGAUAAUCUGGUGAAGUUCCAUAGAAGCUCCAUAUCCAAGAGCUCAUUGGGUAGUAUCACAAGCAUGUACAGUCAGGCAGGGGACUACAUGUGCGUUGAGGUCACUGGGAACAUUGUUUUCUCCCUGGCCUAUGACGAAUGCACCCGGACCUUGUCCGUCCUCAUCAAGGAGUGCCACAACCUGGCCUAUGGGGAAGCCAUUAAACAGCGGACCAAUCCGUAUGUAAAAUGCUACCUGCUACCAGGAAAGUCUCACCAUAACAAGAAAAAAACUUCCAUCAAGCGCCACACUGUAAACCCGGCCUACAAUGAGAAUCUCAAGUUUUCUAUCUGCCAAUCGCAGUUGCUCAUGCGCACAUUGCUACUCUCCGUGUGGCACUAUGACCUCUUUGGCCACAACGCGUUUCUAGGGGAAGUGGAGCUUCCACUGGACUGCAAAGACCUGGACUCUCCUCACGAGGAGUGCAUUGCACUGAGGGGAAAGGUUAUGCCACACACCCAGCCCUCUGCCUUCGCUCAGUACAGGGGACGGUUGGUGGUUUCUCUGAAGUACGUCACUACCGACACGCCGUCUACAGACGGUGCCAAGGCCCUUUCUUUCCUGAGGAAAAAGAAAAGUGGAGAGGGGGAGCUGCACAUUCAUAUCAAAGAGGCCAGAGACCUGAUUCCAGUAAAAGCAGGCGCUGCAUUGGAUUCCUUCGUCAAAGGGUACCUGCUUCCAGCUAAAAGAAAGGCUGCCAAGAAGAAAACCCCAGUGGUGAGGAUGACGCUGAACCCCCAUUAUGACCACACCUUCAUCUACAAGGACCUGAGCCUGGAGCUGCUGAAGAGCAUGAGCCUGGAGCUGACCGUGUGGGGACACGAAACCAUGUCAAGCAACAACUUCCUGGGGGGCGUCCGGCUGAACUCAGGGACAGAAGAGAGGUCAGGCUCCACUGAGGAGGUGUGUCUGUGGCAGAAGAUGAUGCAGUACCCUGACUCGUGGGCAGAGGGCGCACUCCCGCUGUACUCCUCAAUGGGCCACAGCAAUUGAGGAUGAUUGCAUCUUACGGAAAGGGUUCCAAAAGGAGGGAAGACAUCAUGCACAUUGAGGGGGAUCUAUUAAUAUAUUAUAUUUUUCUAUGUGUGUUUUCUACAAACAUUUAACUGUGCAUGACUCAUACAAAGGCACCUCUGUUCUGUUUUUCAUUUUAAAUGCACUACCAUACAUGGCAAGGUUUUUGUUCUUAAAUGUGUUUUGUUAUUAAAUUUAGAAGCAAUGACAUUAAUGAUUUAUCAAUGAAAGGGGUGGGCAACAACCAUUUUUCUUUGGGCAUAGCCAUUUUACAACAAGUCUGGUCAAGUUCAAAAAAGUGGAUCAGAUACAAUAUGUUUUUUUUUUUUUUUUUUGUUUGUUUUUUAAUUAAUAGGUCAACUGACCCUUAAACUUUCACAUGCAACUUCACACGUGUUUAAUUUAUUUAUUUUUAAGUUUCCACUAAAGUAUAAAUGUGUGCAUAUUACUGUGUGUAACCGAAAUGUUUAUAUACCUAUCCACAACUUUAAAACUUUAGACCAUAGCAUAUACCAUUCUCCAUUUUAAAGGGAUAAUGCAUCUUCUCUAAAUGAAAAGAAUAAAACAAUAUUUCUUUACUGUAUUAUUUUCAGUGUUUCGAACAAUAUAAUAAUAGGUCAACUGGCCCUUAAACUUACAGAUGCAACUUCACACGUUUACAA